AUGCAGCCGGUGUCCCCUGAGGAGAAGCCCAACCCGCCGCAGAAGGCGAACGUCUGCUCGCGGCUGUUCUCCUGGUACGGGGAUCAGGAAGUUUUGAGAGCCAAGACACACAAAUGGGAGCCUUCUUUAAUGAAAGCAAUCGUAAAGUGUUACUGGAAAUCCUGUCUAGUUUUGGGAAUAUUUACGUUUCUUGAGGAAGGCACCAAAGUAGUUCAACCCAUCUUUUACGGGAAAAUGGUUAGUUAUGUUGAAAACUGUGAUCCUGCCAAUUCUGCUGCUUUGCACGAAGCCUACGGCUACGAGGCAGGGCUGAGUGCCUGCGUGCUUGUGUGGGCUGUUCUGUACCACCUUUACUUCUGCCACAUUCAGCGUAACGAUGUUCCUGCACUAUCUGUGGGUGGGGCCACUGCAGGCUGUCGCAGUGACUGCCCUGCUCUGGAUGGAAAUAAUAAUGUCAUGUCUUGCCGGGAUGACAGUUCUCAUUCUUCUUCUGCUUUUGCAAAGCUGCUUCGGGAUGUUAUUUUCAUCACUCCGAAUUUUUUAUUACUUGAUGAAAUACCAGAGGUCAACACUCAGCUGCCGUCAGAUGGUGAAGUGAUGGUGGACAUGCAAGAUUUCACUGCUUUUUGGGAUGAGGAAUCAGAAACCCCAACCCUACAAGGCCUUUCCUUUACUGUCAGACCCGGUGAACGGUUAGCUGUGGUCGGACCUGUGGGAGCAGGAAAGUCCUCACUGUUAAGCGCUCUGCUGGGGGAGCUGCCCCCAAGCCAGGGGAAGGUCAGCAUGCUCGGGAGGAUCGCAUAUGUUUCUCAGCUGCCCUGGGUGUUUCCAGGAACUGUGAAGAGUAACAUUUUAUUUGGGAAGAAAUAUGAAGAAGAACGAUAUGAAGAAGUAAUAAAGGCUUGUGCUUUGAAAGAGGUGAGUAAUGACUCUUGA